AUGGAUAGAAGGCCUGAACCUGAUGUGAAUAAGAAGCUGAGUGCUGGCAUUGCUUCUAUCCUGGAGUCAAAGCUGUCCGUACCCAAGUCGCGCUUCUACCUCAAGUUCUAUGACUCAAAGUUGUUUGAUCAACAAUUUCAAGUAGAAGUUCAUAGAAGCUUGAGUAAGGAAACACAAUUUCUUGCAGCAAGCUAUGAAAGUACCAAAACUGCCACACCAACCACAGUGACUCCUCUAGUGGGCCAAGGAAAAGUUGUUGAUGAUGAUCAACAAAAUAUUGUUGUGCAGAAAUGCCCUGAGAAUUAUGAUUGUACAAGUGGUAGCAACAUCCAUUCUACUAAGGAUAUGGUGGUUUCUGAGUCUACAUUGCACAAAUUAGUGGAAGGACUCACAGUUUCCUGA